ACUGCGUGCACACUGUCUCCAAAAUGAAAUAGUUAAAUUUAUUAUUUUUCGGCGAGAGCGCGCGUCUCACAAGUUUUCUCAAAAUUCUUAGUUCUAGGAAAAAACUGAGUGGCCAGAAAAACACGGCUGUAUUGUCUAAACAUUUCGUCUGGCAAUUUUUAUAUAUAUAUUUUUUUUACAAUAUUGAUUGAAAUCAUUGUGAAUACAUACACACACACUGACACACGCGGAUAGAGAGGAAAACAACAACAACAAUUAUUGCUGGCGCGCAAAUACACACACACGCGGGCGCACUCACGACCACAGAGGCGUAUAACAACAAUUGAUAAAUUGCUUAGACGCUAAAUGAGUCAAAUAUUGUGCUUGUAAAAUUAAAGCCAAGCUGUUUUUUGUUCCUGUUUUGUGAGCUGUUUUACCGCAAUGUCUUGCUGCAAUAGUGUGGACAACUCCGAUAAGAUGCCUAAGCUGAACGGUCUUGGCAGCACUCUGAAUUUGCGGAACGGCCGGCACAAGCCAUCGAAGGACCAAUCGCUGGGUCAGCAGGUGGAACAGCAGCAGCAACAAAUGCAGCAGCAGGAUCUGGAUCAGACCCAACACCAGCAGCAGCAGGCCACGCCACAAAAGCAGGCAAUGUCGCCGGACGAAAAGAAGGCCACCAAGAAGUCCCUGGUCAUCGUGGCGGCGAUCUUCGUAGCCAGCCUGGCCACCAUGUGCUAUGUCUACGCCAUAUUCCCCGAGCUGAAUGUGUCGGAAAAACAACAUUUGAAAAUACCGCGUGAUAUCCAAGAUGCUAAGAUGCUUGCCAAAGUCCUCGAUCGCUACAAGGACAUGUACUACUUCGAAGUGAUGUUCGGCGUCGUUGUCGCCUACGUAUUCCUGCAAACAUUCGCCAUUCCCGGAUCGCUGUUCUUGUCGAUUCUGCUUGGAUUCCUGUACAAAUUCCCUAUUGCCCUGUUCCUGAUCUGUUUCUGCUCGGCGCUGGGCGCCACCCUAUGCUACACACUUUCCAAUCUGGUGGGACGUCGCCUGAUCCGGCACUUUUGGCCAAAGAAGACCAGCGAAUGGUCCAAGCAUGUGGAGGAGUACCGGGACAGUCUGUUUAACUAUAUGCUAUUCCUGCGCAUGACGCCGAUCCUACCGAACUGGUUCAUCAAUCUGGCGUCACCGGUGAUUGGAGUGCCGCUGCAUAUUUUCGCCUUGGGCACCUUUUGCGGUGUCGCACCGCCAUCGGUCAUUGCCAUCCAGGCGGGGAAGACCCUUCAGAAGAUGACCAGCUCGAGCGAGGCAUUCUCCUGGACCUCGAUGGGUAUCCUGAUGGUGUGCGCCUGUGCCUCCCUGUUGCCCGGCCUCCUCAAAAACAAGUUUAAGCACAAGCAGGAGAAGGAGGCGUAAGCUGGCGUCUGGGAACUGGAAACUGUCAACUAGAACCUGGAAACUUAAGAACCGGAGAGUCCUCAAUCCGAUAUAUGUAUGCUAUAUGCUAUUCCCCCAAACUGAAACCAAAACAAACCCGACAAAAAUCAUUAAUUGUAAUUUAUACACAUAACAAAGCAGAGAAAAACUUGGAAAGCACUUCGGGUCUCGAUCCACUAUGUUUAGGUGUACUACAAAUGUCUGUGUUUCUUUUACUAUUAUUAUUAUUAUAAUUAUUAUUAUUAUUAUUACAUGAUUAAUUUUGUCGAAAAAGAAAACAAACAAAACAAAAACAAAAUAUUCUUACGAUAAACUUUUGCAUCAUAUAUUUCCAUCAAUUGUUUUUAAGUUAGUGAAUUUUUGUUUAGUGCUAUUGCAGUAUUUACUAGAAAAGUUCUCAUAUAAGUAAAUCAAAUUAGCAGAAAUAAAUCCAUUGAAUAUUACUAUGCCUAUGCAUAUAUUAAAUGUGGUAUGUAUGUACAAGUAUGUGUGUGCGCAAGUAAAUGUUCAAAAAUGGCCAACUAAAAAGAAAAA